UGAGAUGGAGCCAAGUCGGUGCCGUCGGCCUCGAUCGCCUCUCUAACGGUUUCAUCUCCAUCUUCACUGUAACGAAGGUGUUGGUGGGAUGCUUGUGCCUUCCCCUGUGCUCAUGUGUUUGUGUGUUACGUGUCCAGGCUGAACACUGAGCUCGAUUGUGGGUAACUCGCGUCAAAACGAGACCAACGUAACAGGUGAUAUUGACGACCCUUCGCAAUACGAGACUGGAGCAUCGAGAGUCGUGAAGGGCUUACCUGCAACGCAUACGAAGGUCGUAACUACUCGUGCGUGAGACACCUUAUGGACUCACUAUGUCGCCUUGGACUGAAGGUGUAGCCCCGGAUUCUUGGUCUGGGCUCGCCACGUAGCUGCGUCCGGGCUAUGCUCGCGUCGGGCUUGCUACGAGCAUUCAAAAAGUGGUCUGUGAAGUCGUGCCAUAAAAGACAUGGCGGCCGCUAUUCUUACUCUGCCCUGGAGGACGACGGGGCCGGGGAGAGGAUGGAGAUGGAGAGGAAGGCGGCGAGGGGCGCCAGCCGCGAGAGCUCGGCCCUGGCGGCGCGGUCCUACCUGCGGGGCCACCAGCGCUACUCCCUCCUCGAGCACCUGAGGGACAUCGGUUCUCGCAUUGACAAGAACUGGUUCAUCGUCCGGGACUCCUCUGUGAAGACCGACCGACUCAUGACUCUGCAGCCGUACGACGAGCAGUGCCCAGUGCCAGUCACGCCGGGCACGCGGGAGGCACUCAUGGAGCUCUUCCAGGCGCUCCACCACCCGUACAUCUACCCUGUGCUCGACGUGGACUUCGCCAACAUCUCCUCCCACACUUACGUCAUCACAGUCAUCCCGCACAACAACAAGGGCACGCUCAAGGACCUCAUCUACAAGAGUCACUGGCAGGAUGACUGGGGCGAGAAGUACCAGCAGAGAUCGACAGGCCUCCCGGUCACGCAGGUGCAGCGACUGGGCCGGCAAGUCCUGGAGGCGCUCCUGUUCCUGCAGGACCGCGGCUUCCCUCCCUGUGGACACCUACACUCCGGCAACGUCAUUCUGCAGAACGGCGUCGCCAGAUUGUCGGGCGUGGAGAAUACCCUCCUCGGCCUUACCUCGAGGAUCUACCCUAUCAUCAAGCGGAGACUGCGGGAAAACAGGGACGCGAUCGAUUCCGUGUGCUUCGGCCACGUGCUGUUCGAGAUGUGCGCGGGCUACGAGCUCUCGGCCGCCCACCCGACGCCCAAACAUCUGGACGACAUCGCUGGUUAUCCCCAGGUGGUGCAGGUGCUGGAGUACAUCUUCGGCAACGGCGACCAGUACCCGAGCAUCGAGGAGAUCCUUUGUAUGGACUUCUUCAGGAAUCUGGACCUUCGGGAGAUGCGGGCAGCCCCACUACCGCUCUCGGUGGCUCUCAUGUUCCAGAUUCGGUAUUCCCCGACGAUACGAAAUAUUCUGAAAGAAGUCCGAAGAUUUCAGAAACAGAGAAGCUUGCAGCGGCGAACACGGUCCCUCAGUCGCGGAGAGACGCUAGAGGGGGAAGGUUACGGAAGGAGAGACGUCAGGCGUGGGCGUCGGGGGGGCGGUACAGCCUCGGCCGGUGAAGGCGGCGGAGGAGACACGCCCACGAGCAGCGAGGCGUCGGCAGGAGGGACGGGCGGGGGCACUGACGAGGGCGUGGCGCCCACGGGAUCCGCCUACAACACCCCGACGGCGUCGCUGGCCGCGCUCUCCUCGCCGACCUCCGACGUGACUCCCUCGCCGGAGCACCCUACCCACCGCCUGCUGGAGGUCUCCUCGCCCCAGCGCCAGCACCCCAACAACUGCCAAGAAGUGUUCCAUACGCCGCCCCACACGCCGCCCACCCCUCAGAAUCACCCAAUUAGAAACAACCAUGUCAGCCAGGCUCACAACGACCGCCCACUCACAACGAUGCGUUAUCCGCCCAGAGACUCACGCAACUCCUGUUGGUCCAAUAGCAACCACGUGACCCAGAACGGCCACGUGGGCAGGCGGGGCCAGCCAUGGACGUGACCCAGUGGCAGUUGUGGCAUGUCUACUGUGAUCCACCGCUCACUGUUCUUACCUUCCACCCUGUGGCUCCCUCAGCUGUAGACCUCAGUUGGCACAUCUUUGUUUUGUUGUACUUGUCUGCGGGGAUGAGAAGGAAAAUGCUUUAACAUAUUGAUUUUCCAGGGCAUCCGCUAGGAACCGGGCAAAGGACCUUCCCUCCCCAAUCAGCUCCCUCAAAGGAAAAUAAGGACACGUGUAGCUGAGGCUGGGCAAGAUUUCUUCGUUCUCAUGUGGUGUGAACUCAAGACUUCCACAUAAAGUUUAUGUUUAUCCAGUUGAAUACCACGUAUCCAGCGUGAGCCACGGUAAUAUGAAACAUAAUUCUGUAUCACUGAACAAAAGACAGUAAGUAAUUCUGGUGAAACAGUGGAUCACAAUACAAAGGACGCACAGACGAGUGGGAGUGGUGCUUCAUGACUGUUACUCUGGUAAUCCACGUGACUGGCCAUUCCGGCUGAGACCCGAGUGCAUCGCGAGUGCGUUUGUGUGGUGACUCACAAGCCUCUCCCGCGGGAGACUCUUCCAGCAUCGGGGUCGCCGCCCCCUCACAGUGGUUCGUGAUGGAGAACUUAAUGGCGUUCCUUCACCUUCUUAUCGUGUUCCAAUAAUGUAAAUUUCAAUCACAUGAUUGCAAUAAUAAUUGUUAUGUUUUUUAUCAUAUAUUGUAAUCUAAGCUACACAGUGUGGUGGGCGAGGCAUUUAUAUCCAUAAUUCUCUAGAAGCGUUUGUGUUCACUAGCAUAUUAGAGCAAAGAAUAUUAAUUUAAAAAAAUGGUAGUACAAUAAGUAUUGCUAGAUCUGUCCUUUUUUUUCUAUACCUACUCUCCCCCCACCUCUCUCUCUUUUUCUCUAUCCCUCUAUCUGUCUAUCUAUCUGUCUAUUUAUACAUCUAUCUAUCUCGCUUUCUCUCAUUCUAUGCCCUUUCUUUUCUCACUAUUAUGUAAAUUAGAUACAAUUAGAAAUUGAUUUGGCCGCGAUGUAUUCCAUUCUCUUUUGCUCUGAUGUAGGAACGGGAAGAUGGAUAAACAAAUAUAUACAUAUAUAUAUAGACCCUUCAUAGUGUUUUGCCAAAGUAUCUUCUCACUCAGGGUCCACAGGCUCCACGACACAACCUUCCGUUGUCAUUUCAGUCCAGCAACUCAACGCAUGGCCAGGGAGUGGUCAUUUAAAACAUCAGCAUAAAACGAAGGAUGAUCUGUAUUCACUCUCUGACUCAAAGCAAUCACUAGACUUGUACCAUCUGAGAUUUUCUCUUUCAUUCUUUUUUUUUUUCUUUUUUUUUUUUUUUUGCGUUUUCCCCUCAUUCUCUUCUAUUUUAUCAAGAGGCAAGUUGAUCUGAGGUUUCCCUCGAGCUCAGACACAGACCCCAUCCCCCUCUCCCUUCCACUCCCCUUCCCCCCUCCCGUACCUUCUCCCUACCCUGCUCCCGACCCAUCCCUCUGCCCUUCCUCCCAAACUUUCCUUUCCCCCCACCCUCAACCCCUUUCCCUCCCCCUCCCCCUCCCCCUCCCCAUCCCUUACCCCUUCGUCAUAUAUAAAGGAACUCCCAUCGAACCAUCAGUUCCCUUUCAUAGGUCUCAGUAUUUCCACGAACGGUAAUUCCAAACAUAGUUUAUUUGGACAAGAAUUCCCGGAGACUAACCAUCUGUGAUGUGGCGCUCCGCUGCACGAGCUCCAGCCACCAUCUGUCAACCAUCUGAGCUUCAGUUGCAAGAUCUCCCUGGAUCUCUUAUCUGCCAUGUCUUGUACCCGUUUCAUUGUAGUUCAGCAUUACACUCUAGCUCAAAAUUUUCGUCAAAUCACUAUGCAACUGUUUCGUGUUAAGCUUGUAGAGCCUAAAUGUCCAUUAGAAUCUAGAAUAACAAUUGAAAUUAAGAAUAGUCUGGAAAUUACAGGUUACUUAGUAUUCUCUGGAUGUGAGAGGCAGAUCCUUAAGCUUAGGAGACCCCAAAGAUGUCGAAAUUACGUAAAAUGUAAAGUUACUUCUUCCAGUUGUCAAAUAGUAAUAUUUUCACCCAAUCAAUCACAACCAUAUGUACACAUACACAUAUGUAUAUGUACAUAUGUACACACACACACACACACA